UUUUAUGACACGUCAAUCUAGACUUACCUCCCCCUGAUUCCAGGGCGAUUUUGACAAAGCAAGAUGGCGUCGAUACCCCUUCGUUAGAUGAAGAAGUUUGUGUGAAAACAAACCAAUCUCGCAAUCAUGACGAAAACAUCUAGAAGAAAAUCCAUUGGACCUCGAAAGAAAUCGAAAUCGAAAUCGACCAAAAUAUCAACAAAGGAAGAUAGUUUGUCUUCGGAUAAUCUCCAUACGUAUGCUGCAAGUGCAAAAUGUAUUGGAAUGCAGAAACAACCAUGUAGACUGGUCAGUACCACACCUGGAUUCCUGGAUGAGGGAGUGUUGUAUAAUCAGGACGAAAAAGGUGUAACACUUUCUACCAUCACAGCCAAUGAGAGUGAUAUUAGUGUUGAACUGAUUGACAAUAUAGUCACAAUCUCUGAUAAUGACAGUAAUACAGCGUGUGCUGAGUUGACAAGUGCUAUUAUCACAGACAAUGACAGUGAUAUCGAUACAAAGUGUAUUGAGCCGAUUGAUAUGUGUAUGUUACCAAGUGCUAUUUUCACAGACAAUGACAGUGCUAUCGAUACAAAGUGUAUUAAGCCGAUUGAUAUGUGUAUGUUACCAAGUGCUAUUAUCACAGACAAUGACAGUGAUAGCGCCUGUGUCGAGCCAAUUGUGACCGUAGAUGAGAGUGAUAUUAUACCACAGUGCGAGACUGACUUGGAAAAGGAACCGGAGUUGAAUUCCCCAGAAUGUGAGAUAGGUCCGGAUCCAGUGCCAAUUUAUGACCAUCUAAAAUCCAACAUCUCAAAUGUUGUAAUGUUUCCUUAUCAAUUAAACUCCAAUUCAAAACUGAUACAAAUUAUUGAACUGUACCCUACUGAUGAUGAUGUAAGUCAACCAACUGUGAAACUAUCUCUCACAAUUGACAAGGAUCUAAGUGCUAAACUUUUUGUUCAUAGAAUCGAAAUAUGUCACGAUCAUGACUUUUGGAUGGGAUUACCGUCAAAGUUUGAUACGCCAUUGAAAAUAAGCGCUAUUGUGAAGAAACUACUGAGUUUUUCUGUUUGUGUUGGGAGUCCCGAUGAGUGCUUUCAAAAUCUGGCUGGCAUUGGACGUGCUAAACAAGAUAUGUCUGGAGACACUUCCGCCUAUAGAGAAGGAGACUUGAGUGCGGUGAAAGGUAAUUUACAUUACACUUCAACAAUUCGUAGUACACUGUGUAAAUUGUUGGUACAAGGUGCGAGGUGUCAACCCUGUUCAAAAGUGCGACGGAAUUUAAGGGACCGGAGGUUACGGCAAGAGGAGAAAUCACGUAUACUCAAAACCAGCCCAACGCCAAAUUACAUGCAGAAAAAAUUUCGACACAGAAAUAUGAACAGGAAAGCCCUGAUCGACAAACUUAAACAACAACACAGUAAAAUCAAACUGCUACAGUCCGAGGUUGGAAGGUUACAGAGGCAGUUUCGACAAGAAGUAAGAAGUAAGGGGGUCGAGUUAGAUGUUGGACAUAUAGAAGCUAUAGGUGCCAUGUGGCAUAAACUUCUAUAAAUGUUACCUAUAUAUGUGGUCAGAUGUCCAGAAAACUUCUAUAAAUGUUACCUAUAU